GUGACGUCGCACAGGAUGUAGCAAUGCACAGGGAAGUGUAGCUCGCAAAGUUGUAACGUAGCCUGCUGCCUUAACAAUGGCGACUGCCACGACCGAGUCAUUGGUGUCGGCAAGAUUCAGAGUAGUACUGCUUGUCGUCAUUCUUCAGUUUGUAUUAAUACCACCGGUGACUGCUAUAUCAGAGCCGGGAAAAUGGGUCCUGGAUGUGGAUAAUAUAGGUGAUAGCCCAAUGUUCUACUAUUUUCCGAAGACGAUGUUCAAUAAUACUUUUAUUGAAAUUAAUUUGAACAUUGAAGAGUGUGCUGUUCCUGUAAACCUCACUAUAGCAUGGUAUUUGCGGAGUUCUCCUUGCUACGACGAAGUGUUUGGACUUGAUCCUAAAUCACUAGAAGUCUAUUUUGAGAGAACCACUGCGACACGGGAAGGAAGCUAUGGAUUCUACAUAAACCACAAGUAUGAGCCUAUAAAGUGUGAAUCUAAUAUUCCUGGAAUUAAGUUUGGAGUAAAAGACUUUGAUCAUCCUAAACAGCUGGAGUCAUGGACUCAGCCAACCCCAACUUCACAAGGCAGAAGAAGGAGGGAUGCAGUGAAGCCAGAAGGGCAGACAAAAAAUGCAGCAGCAACAAAUUCAACGAGUGCUCCAAAAAGCAAAGACUCUUCAUCAGUGGAGACCUCGCAAAAAUCAGACACUGCAGUGGCACAAACCUGGGAAGACAGCCCCUAUAUGUUCAUCAUCAAAAUUGAGGCAAAUCCUCCACCUGCUAAAGAAAUAAAAUCAAGCAUUAAAUUGGAGGUCAGGAUGCACGGCGCCUAUCAAUACAUCUCAGCGUCUGAAUGGCCAUUAAUGAUUUUCUACAUGGUGAUGUGCAUCGUCUAUGUGAUUAUGGGCGUGCUGUGGUUGGCUCUCUCUGCGUGUUACUGGAGAGACCUGCUUCGGAUUCAGUUUUGGAUUGGAGGAGUGAUCUUCCUGGGCAUGCUUGAGAAGGCAGUCUACUAUGCAGAGUUCCAGAGUAUCCGUUACGAUGGCCACUCAGUUCAUGGUGCAGUGGUGUUUGCUGAGGUGCUUUCAGCUGUAAAAAGAACCCUGGCUCGAGUGCUGGUCAUCAUUGCUAGCCUUGGAUAUGGCAUAGUCAAACCAAGACUAGGAGCGUUGCUGCACAGGGUGGUGGGGGUAGGACUGCUCUACCUUAUCUUCUCCAUCAUAGAAGGUGUACUGAGAGUCAACACGGAGCACGGUGGUUCAAGCAGGCUGCUUUGUGACAUUGUUAUGGCCCUCAUUGAUUCUUGUAUUGUAUGGUGGAUCUUCAUUAGCCUGGCCCAGACGAUGAAGCUAGGACUGACGAUGAAGCUCCUUCGGCUGAGGAGAAAUGUGGUCAAGCUGUCCCUUUACCGACACUUCACCAACACUCUCAUAUUCGCUGUCAUUGCUUCUGUUAUAUUUAUUGUGUGGACAACGAAGACUUUCAAGUUAUCCAAGUGCCAAUCUGACUGGAGAGAGCUAUGGAUAGAUGAUGCCUUCUGGCGCUUCCUGUUCUCUAGUAUCCUGCUUGUUAUCAUGUUCUUAUGGAGGCCGUCAGCCAACAACCAGAGGUAUGCCUUCAGUCCACUGGUGGAUGAGAUUAGUGAGGAAGAAGAGGAGCAGCUAAUGAAUGAAGCCUUCGAGGGUGUGAAAAUGAGAGGGAUGAAACCAGAGACCAAUGGGAGUGCAAAACCCGGCAAAGUGGAUGAAGAUCUCAAAUGGGUCGAGGAGAACAUUCCCUCAUCAAUGGCUGAUGUCGCACUGCCACCACUGCUAGACUCAGACGAGGAGAUCAUGACUACAAAAUUUGAGAUGUCCAAAAUGGAGUAGAUCUGUGAAGAUCUUUUGUAAUGUGUACAUAACGUGUGUAUGACAAUGCACAACUGCUUUAUCCCAAAACAUGAGCUUUUCAUAAGCAAUGUCUGUAAAUAUGUGGGAUGAUGAGGGUAAUGCACUAAAGGACAUUUGUUUUAUUUUUAAUCACCUGUUUGUAUUUAUAUUUUCUCAGAUUAUAUGGUGUAAGAGUUUCUUAAGUCCUAACUGUAAAUUGCCUUUGACUGUUGUUUACAUAUCUACAGUACAAAAUCUGAUUAAAACACAUUAGUUUGUGCAUUGUGCUCUUUCACUAAGAGGCUUUUGCACAACAAUCCUCUUAUUAAUUACAUAAAGAUGGGAAAACAUGUAAGAUAAAAGCUCUCUCUUCUGGUUUUCUUUAAUUCGUCAGUAUGCUUUAACAAAUUAACAGUACCUCUCUGACCUGGUGGUAUUUUCAGUAAAAGUGGCCAUUAAGUGUCAUCUUGUAGGCCUGUGCACCAUUAAGCAGAUUGCCUUUCAAUGGAUUUAUCUGACGUGAGUUUUUAAUGCUCUGUGUCAUAGUUAAUAGACACUCGCCUGGGUACAGUUAGAUGACGAGGGAAAAUGAGGUUGCAAGAGUUUUGUCUGUCAACACUGUCUAAAACAAAGGGCGGAGGUGGGUUUUUUUUCCCCCAAUUGAUUCAAAUUCAUCUUUUUUUGGCAGUUAAACUGCUGGCCACAGUAUAUUUAGCAGCAUAUGCAAAUGCUUGUUGUAAAUAAAAGUAUUUUUAUACUAAAA